ACGAGACCCGACAUGCCGGCCGCCGCUGCGAGAGAAGGUCGGCCCGAGUCAUUCGCCUCCCUUCCAGGAACGUCAUGACGUGGGAGGCAGAAGAAGACGGAGAUCGGUGAUCUCCGCCUUUUCCAUGCAAGCCAGGGACGCGGACGACCCCGAGCUCCGAGAUGAUGUCCGAAUUCGUGCUUACCAAGUUGUCCUGCUCAAGUAUUUUGUUUCUCGCGUCUCAUCUCGUUUUGUCUUCGCCCUCAUCUUUCACCAUGCCUGCACCAACCAAGCCCGCGUCCGAGCAGCCCAAGGAGGUCAACCCCCUCAACCCCAAGGGCCUCAAGCCAUGCUGCGCCUGCCCCGUCACCAAGUCGGCGCGUGACGACUGCUUCAUCAAGUACAACUCGGACGAGGCGGCCAUCAAGUGCGCCGACUUGAUAGACCAGCACAAGGCGUGCAUGCGCGGCUACGGCUUCAAGGUCUAAGCCCCACACUCCUCAUCUAUCUAGACAAGCCCGACCCCGUCGGCGACACCGGCUCGGCCGGCUCAUUCAGACUUGCAUGCACCAUUCAUCGUGACUGAGAGCGCGCAGAGAAGGGCCACAGUCCCAGUGUCGGUCACAGCAGAGCAUGCGAGUUUCUUCCUUUUUCAGCGUCGUGUCAACCUACGCGUUCAACGACCUGCUCAGCCUCCUCCCUGCAAUGAGACAUGG